GAAGCGGCAUGACGUCACGGAAACGUAUCGGCCAAUGGCGUGGCUGGGUUCUGCGCAUGGCGGGUGGAGGCUCGCGAAGGCGAUGGCGCUUGGAACCAGUCCGGGCCUGCCGCGUCCAGGUGUGCCAAGCUACCGCCAACACAAUUUUAAGAGCACACCAUGAGCGGCAACUGAACCAAAACCAAUACAUAUCAAACCAUGCACUGAUAGCUUAACCAAACAAACUAUACUAGGCUAGUAACAAGAGUUAACGUGGGGGGCGCCCCCUGGUGAAAGUGGAGGAGGAAGGCGCGCUGUUGGGGCGGCUGCAGGCGCUGCGGGGCACGGCGUCGCCAGCGCGCGUGGCCAGCUCCAUCCGCGGGUACCUGACCAACAAGGUCGGCUCGCUGCACCUCAGGGACUCAGGUUCCGAAGUCCCGAAGGGUCGCGUCGGAGGCGGGGCCAAUGAUCACUGAGAAACGCAGACACGAGUCGACAGGAAGGGGACUCGGGCCCCUCCGAAUAUGGUAAAAGAUCCUCGCGACACACAUUGUAUUUAGCCGAAGCUGUGAGAAACCUUCAAGAUGGCCGAGGGACCGCAAUCGAUAUGGCAAAAGAUCGACAGCACCACCAUCCCCAUGGUCAACCUGGAGGUGAAAGAAGUGCGGGAGAUAAUUUGGGAGAAGACCCAGGAGCCAAGCGCGCAGAGAAAGAUUAUCCUGGUUAUCGUGUCUAUAGCGCUGCUCUUAGACAACAUGUUGUACAUGGUUAUUGUACCGAUCAUCCCCGACUACCUGCGCUACAUCGGCGCGUGGGGCGAGGCGGGCUACGACCACGUCGUCACCCUCGACCCCAUCAUAGAAGGCAACCGUACCAUCAUCCCGACCAAAAUCAUACCGGCGUCGCACGAGGGCCAAGACUCCGCCACAGGCGUGCUCUUCGCUUCAAAAGCGAUCGUUCAGCUCAUGAUCAACCCGUUUUCUGGUGCCUUAAUCGAUCGUAUAGGAUACGAUGUGCCUAUGAUGAUCGGGCUCAUUAUAAUGUUCUUGUCUACGUCGAUAUUCGCGUGCGGACGGAGCUACAGCAUGCUGUUCUUCGCGAGGAGUCUGCAGGGGGUGGGCUCCGCGUUCGCGGACACUGCAGGUCUGGCGAUGAUUGCCGACAGGUUUACAGAGGAGCAGGAACGGUCUAAGGCCUUGGGUAUCGCUCUCGCUUUCAUCAGCUUCGGAUGUCUCGUCGCUCCGCCUUUCGGAGGAGCACUCUAUCAGUUUGCGGGAAAAGAAGUACCAUUUUUAAUCCUGGCUCUGAUUUCACUUCUUGACGGAUUUAUGUUAUUACUUGUGAUGAAGCCGCUCAAAACGCAAAUAAAGGAAGCCAACCAGCCGAAAGUGGCCGGCACACCGAUCUGGAAACUUCUCAUGGACCCAUAUAUCGCCGUCUGCGCCGGCGCGCUGAUGAUGUCUAACGUGGCCUUGGCUUUCCUCGAGCCAACGAUCUCCUUCUGGAUGGAAGAUAACCUCACUAAAGAUAACUGGAAGAUCGGUAUGAUAUGGUUGCCAGCGUUCUUUCCGCACGUGCUCGGGGUAAUUAUAACGGUCAAGAUGGCGAGAAAGUACCCUCAACACCAGUGGUUGAUGGCGGCGGGUGGGUUAGCACUCGAAGGCUUGUGCUGCUUCAUCAUCCCAUUCGCUAGUUCAUACAAGAUGCUGAUGAUUCCAAUCUGCGGAAUAUGCUUUGGAAUAGCGUUGAUUGACACGGCUUUGCUCCCAAUGCUAGGGUACUUAGUGGACGUGCGCUAUGUUUCCGUAUAUGGAAGUAUUUACGCCAUCGCCGACAUCUCGUACUCGUUCGCGUACGCCGUCGGCCCGAUUAUCGCCGGUGAGGUCGUAGAAGCGAUCGGCUUCACAGCGCUCAACCUGUUCAUCGCAUUCAGUAACCUCAUGUACGCGCCAGUGCUCAUGUACCUGCGGCACAUCUACGACUUCAAGCCGUUCGAGAACGAAGCCAACAUAUUAAUGGCAGACCCGCCCGACAAAGAGUACCAGACGUACAGCCUGCAGGAGCAGCGGCCAGUGAAUGGUGACUAUAAGAAUCAUCUGGAGUACUCGAACGUGGGUGGAGAGCAGGUGCAGGAGACCAGCGUAGACGCGGGCAGCUACUCUUACGACCAAUCGUAUCAGCAGGGCGGGUACCAGAACAACCAGGGUUAUAGCCAGGGUUAUGACCAGCAGCAACAGCAAGGGUAUCAGCAGGAGUAUCAACAACAGGAGUACAAUCAGCCGCGGCAGCUGCCGUCGCAGCCGCCGGCCUCGAACCCAUUCCGAGCGGCCCCCGCCGCGCCGGCCGCCCCCGCCGGACCGGCCCCGGUUAAGAACCCCUUCCGGCAAGGCUUCUAGAGCCCUCAUUCGGUGUUGUUGUCUUUUUUGAAUUUACUUGUUGUGUAAUUAUAAUAUUUGGGUAUAACUUCGAUCACUGAGCCGCGGCGGCGGCGGUUGUUUCGUGUCUGACUAGAUGUCUUUCAUAGCUGUGCUUGUAAUAAAUAACGUAUUGUAGAUAAUUUUACACUGCUCGCUUCGUCGGGUCCGAGACCUCGUUUUUUACCAAAAUUAUGAUGCUUUAUAUAAUUAGCAUUGUAAUGGUGCAUACCACUACUUUGAAAGAAAUUAUUAAACUGAUUGCGUCCUAAAUACAAUUCAUGAGGACAGCUGGGUUAGGUUACUGAGAUAUGUCAUACAUUACCGCUAUAAAUAGCUCAUACGUGUAGUCAAAGUCCCAAAUGCCUUAUAAUGGUCGUACUAUUAUCGUUUAUUUAUAGUAUAAUGACGUUUUUCCAUAAAAACUGCCUCUUAUUCUCUCUUGGUAGUCAUUUUAAUAGAAACUGAUCAUGUCAGUUAAAUUUAUCGUACCUAACAAAUAUUUUUUAUAGUGAAACAUCAUUUUGGGUUUUGGGCUAUAAAAGUUACACAAUGGAGAAUUAACGUCAAGGGUUUCAAAGGGAAGACACUAUUUAUUGUCUUGAGAAGACAAAUGAGACCCUUUCAAAUAUUUGUGGAUAGGCAGUGGAAUUUACGAAGGUACAUAUUGUGAAAUCUCAGGCAGCAAACUAGCGUCAAAAAUACUCCAAACAGAAGGUCACGACGAGCGCUACGGGGCGAGCAGUUGCCUGUUUCUUGUUGAUCUGUAUUGUUCUGGAUAUACUAAUACAUACCACUGUUGAAUUUGCCUUCGAUUAGACAUAGUUAUUAAUCGGAUCAAACUAUAUUUAAAUGGUACAUUAAAUUCCCAGAAUCUAGGUAGCAAAUAGUCUCGGUUAAGGUAGAUGUUUAUUUUUACAUAUUAAUGUUUGGGGAGCAGUGGGGUAAACGCACUCAAAAUCACGUGAGGGCCUAAGAUGUCAUAUAUAUUACUAAUCUUCUGGCACUUACUGUAGUUAAUUUUUGUCACAUUGUUAAAUAAUAUCGCGUUAGAAAAUUCAAGCGCUAUCAUGUUGUAAAUGUUUUGACAUGUGACCGAAAUUACAUUUGCGUUUAUGGACUCGCUUAAUGGUAUUACCAAUUUAAAAUAAAAGUAAAAUUAUCAAAAAGUACAUAUAUGUUUUGUACAUAAGGUUCAUUGCCGUCAUUUUGUCGCCUUUGACUGUGAAUAUAUCUUUACUAAUUAAGAUACAGAUUAAGAUGUAUCCUAUGCUAUAUCAGCAAUAUUAGAGUAAGAUCUAGUGUAUUGCUUAUAUCAAUUCUCAUAAACAUAUUCAAUUAUUAUAUCAAUUAAUUUAGGUUCAACCAACUUGUGAUAAAGUUGCAACCAAGGUAACGAAACAUAUCAGAAUCUUUUGAUUCACGUAGGAUAAGGGUAGUUUUAAAUUAUUUCUAAGUGUACAGUGUAGUCUGUGUUUUGGUAUAUUGAUGGUAGAAACGCGGGAGGGCAAGAUAUUGCAUCCUUCGGUGGAGAGAAACACCCUGCUUAAGCGUGUAACCAUAAAUUGAUGUCAUAUACUAUAAAGCAUAUCAUAAAGCAGGUCACAAAUAAGACAUUUGAAUCCAUAUUUGCCUAACUGUUUCUACUCUCCGAGGAUAUAUUUAACGGUAGACUGUAUCACAGAGUCAAAUUAAAGGAAACUAAAGAUAAUUGUACAAGAAAAAGUGACGCGCCCGAUAUGUCAAUUGAAAGAGUGUAUAAAGAUAAAAGUGAAUCCUAUUAUGAAUAUUGUCGUUCUUAUGACGACUAGGGAUUCAGUUGUUCUGACGACAGAUCCCCGAAACUGUAAGGUACCCAUUAACUAACCAGUAAUUAAAACUAUGCUAGAAUUAUGUAUCUUUACAGGGUGAAACAUUUCUAGAGACUGAGCUGAAAGGAUAACACCUAAGUGAUCAAUAAUCGAAUGUGCAGAUAACAUAUACCAUGAGGUGAUUUAUGUAUGUUUUGUGUCUGUUUUAAACAAUAAAAGCUUAAAUUCACCAAAUAUAAAAACUAAACUAACUGCUAAAAUAUAUUGUGAACUUGCUAUAGCUUUGGAUAAGGUUAGGUACUUAUUACUGUUGUAAAAUCACAAUAUGAGAGAAAUUUAAUGACCUCUCUUUAUUAAUUUAUUCAGUAUUGUUACCAAACACGUUCAAUUAUCCCUCUAAAGUAAUUGUAAUUCGCAAUAGUAAAAUCGCUAGUACAUAUCGUACAGUUUUAGAGUGCCUCAGGGGACGUUACUGGGUAUCUUACUCUAAAUAUACCACGGUACCGUUUGAGUUGAAGUGUUGGACUUAGUCAUAGCCUGGAGAGUACAAUAGCAACGUUAGAGCUCCUCCUGCACUUUCUGUUCGCACAACUUGUUAUGCACAUAUAACAUAACAUUAAAAAGUGCACAUAACCGCCAUGGAGCGGUCUAAUCAGACAUUUUGACUGACACUUUAAAAUAUAAUGUAAGUUUAUAGUCAAUUUUUGUGUCAAAUUCUCCCGAAAUUCAAUUAAUUAGUAGCACAAGGUGACAUUUGUCGUUAGUGAGGCGUUCGUGGGUGCAAUUGACGUGAAUAUGACGAUUAAAUUCUUUAAGUUGUACUUGAGUGAAUGUCUAAAAGACAAAAUUUUGUUCUACUAAUAUAUUUGUCGUAAACAGUGUUUUGUACAUGUUUAAAAAUACAUAUUGAUAAUAUUAAUGAUAAACCCACUAGACAACAUGAACAAAGAUAAUUUAGCAAAAAAAUAAGAGAGAAGGAUGAGGACGAAUACAAUAACAUUAACGAUCGAGUAGAGGCAAACUACAAGAAAAUGGGAAAAGCUAAAAAGAAGAAAAAGAUAAUGAAAGUACUUACACUAAUUUUAUAAGAAAGUGACAUCAAUAACUAAUACAAGCACAUAAUUAAAAAUUUGUGUAAGUACUAGCUCGAGCAAAUCACUGUUGAUGACAUCUAUUUAUUUCUGACGAGUUUGUACAAAGUUGCCAGCUUCUAAAGCAAAAUUAAAAUUUGUAUUAUUAAGCACAUGUUUUAUGUCAAUUCAGUCAUGAACGCUAGUCGAUGUGUUUAGUACUAGGUGUGCGUUAUAUUUUAUAUCGUGCAAAUUACUGUUAGCAAUAAAGGAACCGAUAUCACAUACAUAUCAUUAAAUGUAAGGAUAUACAUAUACUGCGCUAGUUUUAUAUAUUAUCUCUUUACGUAGAGCUAUAUUGAUAUUGUGGUUUAUAUAAGAUAGCUUUUGGA